AGUAUUAAAUUCUGGUUGACGGAAUGAAGUAAUUUUAUUCUCAAGAUUUUCGUAAUUCAUUAACUUGAAAAUCAAUUAAAGGAUGAUUUCGAGUAGCAAAAAGUUAUUUUUCAUAUAAAUACUUAGUUAUUGAAGAAAGGCACACACAAUUUGAUAAAUUUAAUCAAAGAAUUGCACCUCGGCGUAUAUGUUACAAAUUACGAAAGUGAUGUUACCAGACUUUAACGUUUGGUUUAAUAACAAAUAAUGCACCCACCUUUACUAAAGGACAAGGGUUUUAAUUAUUUUUAACUGUACAUAAAUAAACAAAACAGAGUUUUAAUUUAAAUUUACUAUUUUUUAAUUUUUAUAAUGAUAUCAACUGUUCAUGUGGUAUGAAUCUUUUUUUAAGUUAGACAAUUUCUUCAAUCAGAAAUAUAUGACAAAAAACCUUUGGUCACUCCAUUCAAAAAGCAAUGAAAGCGUAGAAAUAAUAAAUAUGAGAGUGAGAAAGUUAACAUAAAUACAUACAUAUAUGAGGAAAGGUAAGCAAACACUAAUGGAUUAAAGAUGAAAAUGGACAAUAAGAAAGAAAACUGCGAAUAGUUUUUGUGCACAGUGCGUUCAAGUGUAAACGAAUUGAAUAAAAUAAUGGAAUGCGUGUAUUAAUUUCAAAUUUAAAUGGCGAAAAAAGCCACUGAAUAUUAAUAAAGUUAUCUACCAAAUAUAUAUGCAAGAGAUGCAAACUUUUACCAAAUAUGCUGGUAUCCAUUGUGGGUUUAUAUAUAAAAAAUAUGUUUUCGCAGAUUUGACGUAAGCUAUGUGCAUUAUAGAAGAAAAGUGCUGUGGAAAUGUAUUUAAGCAAACUGAAAAACUCGCAGUAUUUGUAAACGUAUGAAAGUCAUUGAACGAUCAGUCUACUUAACAUUGUUUGCUUCAUUCUUGAUACAAGUAUUACAAUAAUUGCUGCAAUAUUGUCAUAAAACGCGGCUUUCUCAGGUUAUAACCAUUCGCUGUUCCGUUGCCUGCCCUGCUGAUAAGGCACUCGGACGUGUGCAUGUGUAAUAACACAUUGAGCAGGAGCUUUGUUUACUUAGCAGGUAUCUAAAAGCUACAGUAUCAGCAAACUUACCGGUCAAACUACUAAAUAUUUACAUAUGUGGAUGGUACUUUGGCGGCAGGCAGUCGACGCACACAAUAAACAAACUAAGCAAUACUAUCACGCAGGCCGAAGCGAAAGUAAAAUAAUUAAAUAUACUUAUAUGUGCGUAUAACACUUGGUGUGCUGCAGGAAAAGGUGGUGCAUCAAUAUUGAUUUAAGCAAUUCGUAUCUAGUGUGUAUAUUCACAAGGGGGUGUGUGUGCGUGUGUUUGUGGCGUUGUUAGACGCUAGUGCGCAAGCGUACAACGCACAAUAGCAUACGACUACGUACAAGCUGUUAUCAAUUACGGCGCGCAAUGUCGCACGGUAUAGUGAGCGGGGGAGCAGGAGCAGCAGUCGUCGAUAGCAGUAGUCUUAACGCACAGUCCGCCACCACAGAAUAUCGUGAAGUACAUUGGACAUCGAAUGUCAUGGAUUCUUCACGCGUUUCUACAUGUCUCAUUUCGAUGCUGUUGAUCGUCUAUGGCAGUUUUCGUAGUUUGAAUAUAGAACAGGAGGCUCGUGAACGUGAACAAAAGAAGCGUAGUGAAUCAAUGUUGAAUUUACUAACAGGCGAACCUGUAGAGCAAGAGACUAGCAAAUUCGCUACGCUUGAUACAAUGCAUGCAUUGUGCCUGCCACUCGGCGCUUCAGUUUCAUUAUUGGUAAUGUUUUUCUUUUUCGAUUCAAUGCAAUUGCUUUUCGCCGUUUGUACAGCAAUAAUUGCUACAGUGGCUUUAGCUUUUCUGCUAUUGCCCAUGUGCCAGUACAUUAUACGACCAUGCACCGAUGGUAAUCGCAUAUCGUUUGGUAUAUGUGGUCGCUUCACUGGCGCUGAAUUAUUCAGUUUUGCACUCUCUGUGUCAAUUGUAUGCAUUUGGGUACUCACCGGACAUUGGCUGUUAAUGGAUGCGAUGGGCAUGGGUCUAUGUGUGGCAUUUAUCGCUUUUGUACGCCUGCCCAGUCUUAAGGUGUCUACACUUUUGCUAACUGGACUGCUCAUCUACGAUGUCUUCUGGGUUUUCUUUUCAUCGUAUAUCUUUAGCACGAACGUAAUGGUUAAGGUGGCCACCCGGCCAGCUGACAAUCCGGUUGGCAUAGUAGCGCGAAAACUAAACUUGGGUGGUAUUGUGAAAGAGCCGCCGAAACUUAACUUGCCAGGCAAAUUAGUUUUUCCAAGCAUACACAAUAAUGGGCAUUUUUCGAUGUUGGGUCUGGGUGAUAUAGUGAUGCCGGGUUUGCUGUUAUGUUUUGUUUUGCGUUAUGAUGCAUAUAAGAAAUCGCAGGGCAUCACUACGGAUCCCACGUUGCAGCCACCGAAAGGAGUCGGUUCGAGGCUUACCUACUUCCAUUGUUCCUUAUUGGGCUACUUUCUUGGUCUGCUCACCGCUACCGUUAGUUCAGAAGUUUUCAAAGCAGCACAACCGGCAUUGUUAUACUUGGUGCCGUUCACGUUAUUACCGUUGUUGACUAUGGCUUAUCUCAAGGGCGACUUACGACGCAUGUGGAGUGAACCGUUUAUUACGCAGCAACCAUCAAAGCAACUGGAAGUCUGAGUGCUUAGCCUCUUUUUUCCUUCGUAUACGUUCAACGAACUACGUUUAUACAAGGAAUGAAUUAUUUUAGUUUUUGUAUUUUAAUUAUAGUAAUAACUAGAUAUAGACCAACUUGUAGCAUGCAUGAGGGUGGGGGUUGUGAAUAUUACUUAGUAUGUAUGCUGAAUUAAGAGUUUAAGACAAGGAAAUUUAUUUACUCAUUUUGCGUUUAAUUUUAUUUCUUUUUUAUUAUAAAAGUAUUCAUUGAACUAAAAAAAUAUUAACAAUUAAGUGCAAUGCGCUCAGAUAUCAAAAUGAGAUUCAAUAACAGUAACGUAUUUUUAUGUACAACAUCCGUUAAUACAACACUGUAUUCAAUAGUGAAAAAAGCCAAAAUUUAGCGCACUUGAGCAAUAUACAUAUUACAGUAAUGUUGAUGUAUGAUUACAUAUUUCCAUUACGUAAAAUGCAUGCCUAAGUAUAUCAUCUUACGAAUCCACAUCCGCACAUUAAUAAUGAUGAGUUCUAUAGAAAUGCAUAAAUAUAUACAAACAUACAAGAACACAUUCAUACAUACAAUAAACAGUACUCAUUAGGUAUAACUAUCAUCUGAACGAAUCAAUUUCGUUGAUUUAUAUAGAACUGAAUUUUUUUAAAAAUCGAUUUAAGCAAAUUAGUGAACAAUUAUGAAUAUGUGAAUAAUGCAUUAGAGGGCAAAAAAUUAUAAACCUUUUUCAGUUUUUUUAUGUUAAGGAAACAACGAAAACUCGCUGUAGUAGCUCAUUCUGACAGUAUUGACCUAUUAACAUUUUACUUUUUAUACAUUUCACAAUUAAAGCUAAUUGAAUUGAAGUAAAUAUAUUAAAACUUUCCUAUGUUUUCGAUGAUUAAACACAAAAAGAUUUCUCAAUACUGUUUAUGAGCUUAGGUGUAGUCAGAGACAUAAAAAAAUUUAAAAAAAAUUUGAAAGUAAUAGCUGUUGUGUUGAACCAGUUCUAACCGAAGGUCCUUGCGGUAACCAUCACAAUCUAAUUGGAGAUUCAUGUAAAAUCAAUAGGACAAAAAAAUUUAGUUUUACUAAUAGAUAAUCUUAGGCCUGAAUCAAGUGUUUUUUUUUAAUAACCUAAUGGCGGCCUCAGAAAAAAAUACUUUGAGAAGGCACUAGUUUUCCAAGUUUUCAAAAAGCUAUAUAAAUUUCAUUGAAAUGUACCGAGCGGUUUUCGAGCUAUAGUAGUCACCAAAGUUUUAAAAUCAAUUUACGUAAAGUAAUAAAUUACUUUUUAGAGCGCCCUUUGCUAAUUAUAAAAUAACUUGAAUAAAUUUUGUCCAAUUUACUUAAAAUUUUCAUAGAAUAUUUCGAUGAAUGAUUUAAGAAAAUGCAAAAACAUCGAUUUUUUCUGACUACUCCUAACCCCUUAACUAACUUUUAAAUAUAAAUUUAUUAGAUAUUUUUUUAAUAAAACAUAAGUCAGACAUUUAUGAAAUACUAUUAUAUUAAUUAAUGGCUUGUUCUUCUUUCGUGACAAAAAUCACUCGGAGUUUCUAUAACUUUCUUUAAAUGCAGAAAAGAAUAAAAUCCAAACCAAACCAAA